GCAGUCGGAGGGGUCUGGAGAGGGAAAUAGAAACAUAAACAUAGAUUUUAGGCAGUUCCGACCAAAUAGAAACGCUCGCCACCAUGGUCGAGGAAAAUAUAUUUCUGUUCGUGCCGAAUUUGAUCGGAUAUGCCCGUAUUGUACUGGCCCUGAUAUCCUUCUACCUAAUGCCCUGCUGCCCGGGCCCCGCAGUAUUUUGUUACCUACUGAGUGCCCUGUUGGAUGCCUUCGAUGGACACGCAGCUCGCGCUCUUAAUCAAGGUACAAAGUUUGGUGCCAUGCUGGACAUGUUGACAGACCGUUGUGCCACCAUGUGUUUGUUGGUGAACCUGGCACUGCUGUACCCGUCCUACACUUUCUUGUUUCAGCUCAGCAUGUGUCUGGACAUGGCCAGCCACUGGCUGCACCUGCACAGUUCCAUGAUGAAGGGAGCCACCAGUCACAAGACCAUUGACCUCUCUGGCAACCCCAUCUUACUGCUGUACUACACAUCUAGGCCGGUGUUGUUUUUCAUGUGUAUGGGGAACGAGCUGUUCUUCUGUCUGCUGUAUGUAAUGUACUACAUCGAGGAACCCCAGGUGUGGCUGCAGUGGCUGCUUGGAGUUUGCAGCGUGGUCUGUGUGCUGAAGUCUGGCAUUAGUCUCCUCCACCUCAUCACCGCCUCCCGUAACAUGGCUGCUAUCGAUGUGGCUGACCGUGAGAGAGAGAGAGAGCGGAGCAAAGCACAAUGAGACAUGAGAGUACGCAGAAACAAAGAAAGAUGGGACAAAGAUCGUGCAAAAGAAAUGAGCAGAAAAAAAAGAGUGAUGAGAUCACUGGCCAGAAUAAAUGAGGAUGAGAUAAUGGCAAUCAAUUACUGGAGCACACAAAGCCUCAGUGAGCAUUUAUUUUUAUUUGAAUAUAGAUUAUCAAUGCUAUAAUCCAUAUUUAUCCAGAUUCCUGUAGUUGUGCUUUUCACUGCUUCUGUUGGGACUAGUUGCACUAUGAGUGUACCAUGUUUAUGUCAUCUUGGGGUGUCGUCAUAUACAUUUUUAUUUUUGAGGGUUAAUUUAUUCGUUAAUGGAAUAAUCAUGUGUCAUUUUAAAGGAAUUUAGAAUACCUCUGCUAUUUAAAACCAACAUUUCCACACACACGGACACAUUCCACGCUGAAAGCCACUUGAGUAUUACUGUAUUUGGCCAUUGUUUCACGAUUAGUUGUGGUAUUUAAUUAUUUGUUAACCUACUGUUUUAUUACACUGUUGUUUUUGUUGCAGGUGUAUCAGAGAACGUUUAUUUGUUUGAAUAGUAGUUUGAAGCGUGUGAAGCCAUUGUCAUAUUAAUCAAGUGGUUCUGGCAUCAUUUUCGUCCAUAGCCUUCUGAAUGUAUUUUUGGGUUGUGGUAGACAUAUUGUUUGCUGUCUAAAGUUUCACAGCUGUUGUUAUAAAUGAUCAGAAAUAUAUGAGAGUUUUAAAUGAGAAAAGUCAUUUUGUACUGUAACUGAUGAUCUGCCAAUAAAGAUAUCCUGACAACAA